AUGGUUAUGUACAAUGAAAGAUUGGUUUUGAUAACAUCUGAUAAGCGUAACCACAUUAUCGAAUACCUCCGAAUUGUAAUUUACUCACUAAGUACGGAAAUAUUUAUUGCACUACCACGUAUUAAACACAAAUGUUGUCAAUAUAUACUACUUACAAGGAUGGCCCCCAAAUGCUCUG